AUGGGAAAAUCGUCAAAAGACAAACGAGAUAUUUAUUAUAGAUUAGCAAAAGAACAAGGUUGGAGAGCCAGAAGCGCAUUCAAAUUACUUCAAAUUGAUGAAGAAUUUAAUAUUUUUGAAGGAGUUCAACGGGCAGUUGACUUAUGUGCUGCUCCUGGUAGUUGGUCUCAAGUUUUAACAAAAAAAUUAAGUGAAAAUAAUUCUAAGGAUUCACCACUUCCAAAAAUUGUUGCAGUUGACUUACAAGCAAUGGCACCUCUUGAAGGAGUUAUCCAAAUUCAAGGCGAUAUCACCAAAUUAUCAACAGCAGAACAAAUUAUUUCGUAUUUUGAAGGAGAAUUAGCAGAUCUCGUAGUAUGCGAUGGCGCACCGGAUGUAACUGGACUUCAUGAUAUGGAUGAAUAUAUUCAAGCACAAUUAUUGUUAUCAGCAUUAAAUAUUACGACGCAUAUCUUACAUCCGGGGGGAACUUUUAUAGCAAAGAUUUUUCGUGGUAAAGAUGUCACUUUAUUAUACUCUCAACUUAAAAUUUUCUUUCCAACCGUCACUUGUAGUAAGCCUAGAAGCUCAAGAAAUUCAAGCAUAGAAGCGUUUAUCGUAUGUCAAAAUUAUACUCCUCCAAAAGAUUAUGUUCCAACAAUGAUCAAUCCUUUACUCGAUUUAUCCUAUGGAAAACAAAAUGAACUCUUAGGACCAAAUCGCGUGAUAGUUCCGUUUAUCGCAUGCGGUGAUCUAAGGUAA